UCAGGGUUGUAACCAUGUCGGUGGCCAAGGAGCUCUUACAGAUGGACCUGUACGUGCUGCUAGGCCUUGAGGAGAAGGCGGCGGUCAAAGAGGUGAAGAAGGCAUUUAGGCAGAAGGCCCUCUCCUGCCAUCCAGACAAAAAUCCGGAUAAUCCCAGAGCAGCUGAACUCUUCCACCAGCUUUCUCGGGCCUUGGAGGUACUGACUGAUGCUGCAGCCAGGGCCACGUAUGACAAGGUGAGGAAAGCCAAGAAGCAGGCAGCAGAGAGGACCCAGAAACUAGAUGAGAGAAGGAAGAAAGUGAAGCUUGACCUGGAGGCCCAGGAGCGGCAGGCUCAGGCCCAGGAGGAGGAGGAGAGCCGGAGCACCAGGACACUAGAGCAGGAGAUCGAGCGCCUGCGAGAAGAGUGUUCCGGGCAGCUGGAAAAACAGCAGAGGCUGAUGCAGGAGCAGAUACGCCAGGAAUGGGAGCAGAGGUUGAGAGGAAAGGCAGAACAUCCUGAAGGGAAAGGAACUCCCAAGCUAAAGCUAAAAUGGAAGUGCAGAAAGGAUUGGUCAAAAGGCGGCUACUCCAGAGAUAUCCUCCUGCAGCUUCUUCAAAAGUACGGAGAAGUGCUCAACCUGGUACUUUCCAGCAAGAAGGCAGGCAUCGCCGUGGUGGAGUUUGCGACCAUCAAGGCUGCGGAGCUGGCUGUCCAGAAUGAAGUGGGCCUGGUUGAUAAUCCUCUGAAGAUUUCCUGGUUGGAGGGACGGCCCCAGGGCAAGGACGGCCCCAGCCACCCAGGACCGUCACAGGGCUCGGUGGUGUCCGAGAGGGACUAUGAAAGCCUCGUCAUGAUGCGCAUGCGCCAAGCAGCUAAGCGGCAGCAGCUGAUCGCCCAGAUGCAGCAGGACGACAAGGUGGGGCAGUUGAGGUAG